UUUGUCCUGAACUCAAUCUGUCAUCAUGUUUGGGGCUCUUGUAAAGUUAGACCUUUCCUCUGUGGGCUUGACUCUGUUGCUGGGCUUGAUUCUUCUGGUUCUGUUUGAGAUCUUCAGGAUUCAUUCUUACAAAAGUCGAUUUCCGCCUGGUCCAACACCUCUGCCUUUUGUGGGAAACCUACCACAUUUAUUGAGGGACCCGAUGGGCUUCAACAGAUUAAUGGCUCAAUAUGGAGAAAUGUCCACUAUGUAUCUUGGGAAAAAGCCAGCGAUAGUCCUCAAUACAAUCCAGGUGGCUAAGGAAGCCCUGGUUCAGGAAGCUUUUGCUGGAAGACCAUGUCUGCCGGUUAUAGACUGGACUUCUAAUGGAUGCGGUAUAAUAAUGGCCACAUUUAACAACUCCUGGAAGCAGCAGAGACGGUUUGCUCUGCACACGCUCAGAAACUUUGGCUUGGGGAAGAAAUCAAUAGAAAGUCGUGUGUUAGAGGAAAGCCAAUAUCUGUUUGCUGAACUGCUCAAAGAUGAAGGUGAGCCAGUGAAUCCCCAUCAUGCCCUACAGAAUGCCGUUUCCAACAUUUUCUGCUCCAUCAUGUUUGGAGAGCGAUUUGACUACGAUAACAAACGCUUAGGCUACCUUCUGAAAAUCCUGAAUGAAAACAUGAUGCUGACAGGAUCAGCUAUAGGACAGAUUUUCAACUUGGCCCCGUUCAUCAAGCAUUUCCCUGGUCCACACCAGAAGAUCAAGAAGAACUCCAAUGAGUUAUAUAGUUUCAUUGAGGAUGAAGUUGAGGAACACAGAAAAACUCUGGAUCCAGUCAGUCCACGAGACUUCAUAGAUGCCUAUCUGCUGGAGAUCGAGAAACAAAAGUCUAACAAAGACUCCACAUUUCAAGAAGAAAACCUGAUUGGUUCAGCUAUUGACCUGUUUUUUGCUGGAACCGACAGCACAGCGACCAGCAUCAGAUGGGGACUCCUCUUCUUGAUUCAAAACCCAGACGUACAAGAGAGAUGUCAUGAGGAGAUUGUUCAGGUUCUGGGUUACGACCGCUUGCCCUGCAUGGAUGACUGUGACAGACUACCAUACACACACGCCACUGUUCAUGAGAUUCAGCGCUUUGCAAAAACUGUACCUUUCGGUGUGUUUCAUGAAACAAUUUGGCCCACAAAACUACAUGGAUUUGACAUUCCUCAGGGAACUAUGAUCAUGACAAACUUGGCUGCAAUUUUCAGCAGUAAGGAGCACUGGAAGCAUCCUGACACAUUUAACCCAGAGAAUUUCCUUGAUGAGAACGGACACUUCAGCAAGCCUGAGUCUUACAUUCCAUUUUCCCUGGGGCUGAGGGCCUGUAUAGGUGAGUCACUAGUGAGGACGGAGCUCUUCUUGUUCGCCACUGUUCUCCUACAGAGGAUUCAUUUCUCUUGGCCGCCUGAUGCAAAGCCCUUAGACAUGGAUGGCAUCGUGGGUAUAGUCCGCUAUCCUCAAACCUUUAGCAUCAUCUGCUGCAGUAGAGACAGCAAAAAGUGACCCGAAACACAUCAAGCCAUAACAUACAAAGGAAAAACAAUAACAGCACAGCCGUUGAGCGCAGAAGAGCACUUUGGCUCAUCUAUAUCAUGUAUAAUUCACAGUUCUCAGGUAACUCAGAUAAUAAAAAGAAGAGUGUGUAUUAUUCUUUGCAUUGAUGCUUCUUAACAUGUUUGAACAUUUAAGCAGUUUUUUAAUCUUCAUGCAAUCAAAAAUUGAAUAGUUUUUACCCUUUGUUUUGACUUUAUUCUAAUUAUUUUAUUCUGAUUAUUGUACUGUAAUGAUCUUUCAUUAAAUAAAGAAUUAAUGAAAUAAA